UCUUCCCAUUCAAUAUUUCCACCAACCAACAAUUAGCCAACAGCAUUAACACACUUGAAUUAUGAAACCAACAGACUAAGGUGAGUUCACAUCAUAUGGCAUUGCCCGACGUGGUGAAAAACAGUUCGCGGCCAUGAUUUCAACAUAUGUGAAUGUGUGACAAGUCAUGACAUUUUCAUGUGAAAUAAACAAAAUUAUUCGAUGGAAGACUCGUUUUUUGGAUUUGAUACAUCAGCACCGGUGGAGGAUGACGGAGGAGGUGGACGUAGGGAUGGUGAAGAGGAGGAAGAAUACGAUGCCCUAAAUGACGAAACAUUUGGAGCUGCCAUCAACGGUGACUGGGAAAAUAUUCACGAAACGUUGGUGAAGCUCGACGGGCAUAAUGGUUCAGACAGUAAGGACGAAGAUGAGGGGUCAGACUUAGAAAUUAAUCUAUCAGGAGUUAAGCUUGACGAUGUGGACAUUGGAUCGGACGACAAUGAGAGUAGAAUACAAUUGGACCCCAGGGUGUGGGCAACACCUUAUAAACCAGAAGUACAACAGAAUAUAUCCAACAAUGGAUAUCCAAACCCGGAAGCCUUUUUACGACGACAUCUUCGUCAUCCAUUUGACAGCAUGCAGCAGCAUCAACAACAGCAACACCAAGCAAUGCAAACGCAACAGCAACAACAUCAAAAUAGAAUGUUUGGACUGCCACCAGCGCCCAAUAUACCGCCUAAAAUAUGCACAGUGGAAGAUAUCGAGAGGAAUAUUCGCAAUCAACAAAUGCGAACUGGCACUCCUAAGCCCACAACACCAUUACCCAAUAUGCAACCACCAAUCUCCGCCCCAAAUGUGAGUGGUUUCAAUCGACCAUCAGCACCGCCAGGAUUCAGUGCACCCCGAAUGAAUUUCAAUGCUCCACCACAUCCCAUGAAUAUGCAUCAAGGCAAUCAGGCAGGGCAUCGCGGACCACCUGGUUUCCCACAAAUGCCGAUGAUGUCAGCACCUCAUGGUCUUCCCGGUCCACCUCAUCCCAAUUUCCCACGCAAUAUGUCACACAAUUUGCCAAUUGCCCUUAAUAACUUUGCGAUGCAUCCUAAUUUCAAUGCCAUGCGGCCUAUGGGACCUCCAAUGAUCUCGCCCAGAUUACCUAUGCAACCAAAUAUGAUGCAGGGCAUGCCCGCCACCAAUGCCGUGAAUCAGUUCAAUCAACGGCUGGUACAGGAAAUUCAGCAGAACCAUCCGAUGCUGGGCAACAAUCGCGGCAUGAAUCAUGGAUAUAACAAUUCAAAUUAUCCACACAACCCCUACAUGCAAGGUUAUCAGCAUCAGCAGAAGAAUCAUGGAAAGGUGAAUAUGCGAUCGAACGGAAAUGUCGAAGAAUUUGACGAAUAUUCAAACUUAAUGAGCGCCCGGGAUAAACACUGGCUGAUAGGAAUCCAAUUGUCACAACUGAAUACCGAGACCCCGUACAUAGACGAUUAUUACUAUACCGUGCUGAAAGAGAGACGAGCCAAACUGCGGGGUGACAGUCAAAGCAAAGCGCAUAAAGAUAACCAACUGAAUCAUCCAUUGAUCCAGCCGAAAGGACAUGCGCAACUUGUCCUAAUAUCGAUGGGCAAGAACGGCGCAAACAUUCGCAACGGACAGAAUCGAGAACGGAAAAAUUCCGAGACGAAAGCAGACAAGGAGCCAAUUAUUCGAACGCAUACACCGUUGCAAUUUGAAAAUUCUCUGGGUAAACUUCAAUAUGGAAGCGUGACGGCACCCCGGAAAAUUAUUGAUAUGGACGUGAUGGGUAGUGAUAGUAGUCCGCAAUUUAACACGUCUAUUGAACUGUCGGCACAACGAAAAUCUCGACAAUUGUUGUUGCAUAUUGAAACUGUUUAUAGGAUUAUAUUGAAACUUGAGGAUUUGGAAAAUCCGGCAGCGAUUGCGACGUUUGCGGUGGUUAGGGAACGUAAAGAAAAGGAGAAGCAACAAGCUCUGGAGUUGGCCAUGAUAGAAGCCGCGAACAGAGCAGGAAAGGAUUCUGACAAAGCAGAUUCGGCAGGAAAUUCAGUGAAUUCAUCGAUUAGUGAUAAGAACAGCUACGAAAUUGAAUCACGUGAUAAACUGUUACAGAAACUAUUACCACUCAUUUCAACUGAGAAAGUCGCUUUGAUGAUGAACGUACGAAAAGGCAAGGCCUUGAUUCGUCGCAUUAUGCCUUUCAUUGAGGACAAUCCUGUUCGAUGGAAUGUUUGGUGUGGUGUUUUCAUGUCACUCCAGAAUGUACUGAAGAAAGACAAGGAUGAUGGCGAUGGUUUGUUGUUUGCACUUUAUCCGCACUUUAAAAAGCAAAUCGUGGAAGCAGAUCUUAGUGAUGUCAUAAAGAUUGCUAAUUCGAUGCCAUUGAACGACAAGAGGGUUAAUGUUCUAUUCGCUUGCAAAUUCUGUAUAUCAUCAUUAUUCGCACUUCUACUGCGGGCUGAACAAAUUUACGCCACAACGUCUGAUCCAGACAUAGCUUCCAAUAAAGAAUGGCCACAAUUCUUGUCUACAUUGUCAGCAUCUCUGAGCCGAACUGUGCAACAUCAAACCAUUAGUGCUGCCAUCGAAAGUGAUGCAAUUCAGCCAAUGGUUCAUCAUUUCUCACGUUUCGAAACGCUCAAGCUGGAAUCACUGUUGGCAUUGUUCUCUCAAGCUAAACAACAAGUGAACUAAAAAAUGUGAAAAUUGGGUUUUUAUCGUUAUUUCUUUACUUUUUUUCGCUUCAUUUUAUCUCCUUUAUUUUAUCUUUUCUUUUUUUAAUUGUAUGGAGUUGAUCGGAGGUCUCGGUAUUCAUUUUUUAGAGUUCGGUUUUUUGUUUCGGACUAACAAAGGAUGUUCGUUUUUAAGUGUGAAAGAAACUCGAGUUUGUGUUUUGUACACAAAAAGUAGAAAAUUAUUCAAGCCAAACGAAGUGAACACAAAUAAGAGAAAUUGUCAAAGCUGAUUGAAAAUAAUUUUAUACUCGUUUCAAGGAAGAUACGAAAGAUAACGAAUUCGGAAAUUUACGCUGUUCAAUAGUAAAUCGGUGCUAAUUGCACACAACAGGCAGUUCAUUUGACGGAAGGGUUCAUUCAGGUCAAACCAUUUUCUGAUGCAGUUCGACUUCCCUUCAACAAACCAUGAAAAUAUAUUUUUUUUCCUCUCAACUGAAAUUAACAAUUAACGCGGAUCCCAACAAAAAACAGAAAAUGAUCAUCUAAAUGAACUCUAAUGAACUUCAGCCUUGAUUCAAUCAGUUUUUAAUUAGUUAAUUAACUUGAGUUUUUGUUGAUAGUAACAGGACAGUUUAUACUUUAGAACCUGCCUUAAACAAAAUCGAAAUUCGAGCAAUAGAUAUAGAAAUAUGUUUAGCAAAAGAUGUAAAAACAAAACCAAGAAAUGUAGCGAAACAAUUGAGGCUGAACGUCCAUUUACUCCUGAAUAACUUCCCGCCCGGCAGCAUGGUGCCGUGUAAGGGCGGAGCAAAACUAAGUGAUCGAAUGAGUGUGUGUAAAUUUACGUUUGGCUUAGUGAUCAAUUAUUUUGGAGUAAUCGAAAUUUUUUAGGACAGUUUUGAGCGAAAGUCAGAGAGUAGGUGGUUAAAAAAAAAACAAACAAAAAGUUAGCAUUAUUUCAAUUGUUAAAAUACUUUAAGUUCUAAUCGAGGCAUGUUUUACGUGGUAGCUUCUUGUUUUUCAUUUUAAUUUUAUUUAUAUCGCAGCGAAUUGCAGUGCUUUUAUGAUUUCUACGGUAAAAAUUAAGUUUAUAGAUACUACGCAGCAAAACAGCAGUUAUUUAAUGCAGUAAUCAGCUUUGGUAUAUUGUAUGACUUUACAAUUGAUUUCGUUAUUAUUUCCCUCUCUCUCAACCCUUCAAAUUGAUGCUGCUUGCUUUUUAUGUAUGUGUAUAUGUAUAUAUAUAUAAGAUUCGAUUGAUUUGAAUAUGUAAAUCAAAAGAUGUGUAGGGCCAACUACGCACUCAACACUUUUUAGAUGAUGAUAAAAAAAGGAUUAUUCGUUGUGCAGAAUUGAUUAUGGCUAAACUUUAUUAAAUGUGUUUUUACACAGAAACUUCGAUUGUGAUUUCUUUCAAUAAAUGCAAAAUUGAUGGGUAAAUUUUAACUGAUUGAUAGAUGAAUGAUGCGAGGACUUAUGUAGAUCAGUAACUGAAAGACUAUUUUAUCGCAAAUGUUAUCCUAGACCGGGGCUACGGAUAAGUAAAUAUAUAUAUUUUUUCAUUUUUCUUUUCUUUCGUUUAUAUGUGUAGGUAGAAGUUUGAUUUAUGAUGGAAGGAGCAAAUUUAAUUGUAGUGCAAAUGAUGUUCAAAAGGAAAAAAAAGAUACAAUUUCCCUGUCUGAUUGGUUCUAAGCGGGACGAAAUCUUUACAAUGUUUGUUAUUUCGAUGUCUAGACUCUAGGGGAGAUAUCAGAUGUUUCUUGAGUUUUAUACGUGACUCUUUAUUUCGAUUCCUAUGUAAAAGUUUUAGAUAUUGAUGGAAAGUGCACACUACACAUUUGUUUUUAAUUGAGUGCCCUUUCAUUCUAUGGUUUUCUAUGUAAUCUUAUGCUCUUAACGAGUUUAUUCAUCUCUUAUGGUUAAUCGUGAAGCCUUAUGCGUGGUACAGACUUUUAGACUCAUAGAAUUACCUUUGCACACUUUCCUUUAGCAGUGAUAGAAGGGGCGAAAACUCCCUAACCAAAGGGAGUAUUGUUUCUUCCUCUAUGCUCGCUAUUCAAUCUGUGGAUGAAGCAUAAUAUCAGUUUAUAAUUUCGGUUUUAUUAUGCGCAUGUUUCUGUAAAAAAAAACAAAGCUAAAAAUAUACAUAGUUAAAUAGUAGAAUAAAUCGUAUUUCCUAAUGCAUAGAAACAUAACUAAAACAUGGUAAAAAAAACAAACAAUUUUAGUUGUAUCAUUAUUUGCUUUUAAGCAUUCAAGAUAUCGCAUAUUUGUUUCAAUGAUAUCUAUAAAACGAAUACAAAAAAAAAUUAACUAAUAUAAAAUAUUAAGACCUUUUUUGUUUGUUAAUUCUUAAUUAGGGUACAGAUUGUCUUAAAUUUUUUAUACAGAAUAAUAAAUAACUUAAAACAUUUAUAAAUUUAUUUAAAUAAUAGCAAACACAAUUAUAUUACGAGAUCUUUGAAAUAGUAAUCUUUAAGAUGAAAUGAUACAAUUUAAUAAUAAAGAAGAAAAUACAAAAAAAAACAAAAAUACAUUUUUGAGUAGACAAAAAUAAAAGAGAUGAAAACAAAAUAAAACAAAGAUAGAAAUAGUGCGCAUUAUUGUGAGAGGAAAAAAAACAAACAAACAGAGGAAACAAAUAGAUUUUUUUUGUACAAUUUUUAGUUUCUGAAGUAAAAUACA